CUAAUCAGUCUCACACAGUUGACCACACGGCUGGUGAAAUGAACCAUUCAAUGCUGGUUUGAGUGACAGAGCUGGAGGAUUUGGGGGAGGGGUUGAGAGGCAAGAAGCUCCGGGGUUUGUAUUUUGGCUCAUUUCCGCCCUUUUGUUUACUGAAAUAGAGAGUUCCAUCAUGGUGUGUACAGUCGCAGUGAUCGGUGCGGGUCCCUCAGGUCUGACCAGCAUCAAGAGCUGUCUGGAUGAGGGUCUGGAGCCCACCUGUUUCGAGAGCAGUGAUGACAUCGGGGGACUGUGGAGGUUCAAGGAGCAUCCAGACCCAGGAAGGGCCAACAUCUACCAGUCUGUCAUCAUCAACAGCUCCAAGGAGAUGAUGUCAUACAGCGAUUUCCCUCCUCCUGCUCACCUGCCCAACAACAUGCACCACCCCCAGCUGCUGAGCUACCUACGACUUUACGCUCAGACCUUUGACCUCUUCAAGCACAUCUACUUCCAGACCACUGUGGUGAGUGUGCGUCAGAGGCCAGACUUCCCAGUAUCAGGCCAGUGGGAGGUGGAGACAGAGAGGAGAGAAGGUCAGAGGGAGAUUCAGGUCUUUGAUGCUGUGAUGGUCUGCACCGGUCACUUUACACAACCACACUUGCCUCUCAAUGACUUCCCAGGUAUAGAAGAGUUUGAGGGCAGGUACUUUCACAGUUGGGAAUACCUAAGUGCUGAGGGGCUGCAGGGGAAGAGGGUGGUGGUGGUUGGGAUUGGGAAUUCUGGAGGUGACAUCGCUGUGGAUGCCAGCAGAGUAGCGGAGCAGGUGUACCUCAGCACACGGAAAGGGGCAUGGGUGGUCAGCAGGGUGGGGGCGGGGGGACUGCCAGGUGACCUGGUGGGCACUUCAAGAUUGGACAGGCUAGUGCAGAAGCUCUUCCCCGCCUGGAUUACCAUGAUGAUGGAGAAGAAACUGAACAGAACCUUCGACCACAGACUGUACGGCCUACAACCAAAACACAGGUUCUUUGCCCAGAUCCCAGUGGUGAAUGAUGAUCUACCUGGUCGAAUCAUCUCUGGUCGUGUUCUGGUCAAACCUAACAUCAGGGAGAUCAAAGGCUCCAGUGUGGUGUUUGAGGAUGGGAGCGUCGUAGAAAAGGUGGAUGUUGUGGUGUUUGCCACUGGCUACAACUAUGACUUUCCUUUCCUGCCUUCGGGUCUGCUGACUAAUGGUGGUCACCGCCUGUGUCUGUAUCGUCAUGUGUUCCCCCCGGGGCUGGCUCGGCCCAGUCUGGCUGUAGUGGGCUUCAUCUGUAACCUGGGAGCCAUCAACCCUUUGGCUGAGAUGCAGGCCCGCUGGGCCACCCAGGUCUUUAAAGGGUUACUAACACUGCCCUCACCAGAAGCCAUGCUGCAGGACGUAAAGAGAGAUACCAGCACGUUGCCAAACAGGUUUGCCUGUUUGGAGCGUCACCCUCUCCAGGUGGACCAUAUCCCCUACAUGGACUCCAUGGCAGAGGAGUUGGGGGUUCGUCCUAAUCUCCUAGGGCUCCUGUUGAGGGAGCCUGCUGUGGGGCUGCGUGUGCUACUGGGGCCCUGCACCCCGUACCAGUACCGUCUGAGAGGGCCAGGACAGUGGGACGGAGCCCGACAGGCCAUCCUCACCCAGUGGGAGCGUGUAGCCCAGCCCUUCAGGACCAGGAUGCCGCCACAACCAGAGAGCAGAACCAGAGCCUCCUCUAGUCUGAUACUGACUCUGUCUGGCACUGUUCUCCUACUAACAACCUUCUAUACCAGACACAGUCUCUCAUCACUCCUCACAGGCCUCCUCUAUAAGAUAUACAGUCUACCUGAGAUCAUAUGGGGUUGGAAAUGAACACUAUGGGCCUAUUGCAUCCACUGUUGGCCACUAUUUUAUCACUCAUUAAACUAUCAAUACACACUAAGAUCACCCGCACAGCUGAUCUUAAUUGCUUCCAAAAUGUACUGUUCUCUAAAAGCCGAGCUACAUGUGACGUGAGUGUUAACUUAGCCUCGCUUUAUUCAAACAUUUUCCAAGACAGGCUAUUUAUUAUCUUCGGUAGAAAUAAAACCUGGAAACCGAGCACACUAAGGGGUGAUUGAACUAUUUCGCAAUCAUUCAGUGCAACUAAAAUAAAGCAUUUUCUUGUUUAGAAAUUAUACUGUGGCAAUACAUCGUACAGGUUAUAUCAGGGUUUUUCAAACGCGGUCCUAGGAUCCUAGGUGCAUGUUUUAAUUUUUGCCCUAGCACUACACAGCUGAUUCAAAUAAUCAAAGCGUGAUGAGGAGUUGGUUAUUUGAAUCAGCUGUGUAGCGCUUGGGAAAAACCUAAAUGUGCACCCAGGGGGGCCCCAGGACCAUGUUUGGGAAACUCUGGCUAAUAUGAAUGAAAAAUGCUGGUGUACUCAUUACUUUUUCAUUUCCAAAUUAUAUCAUCCAUUAAUUACAACUUGUCUUAUUAACUAUGGUUAUUUCUGAUCAAGAGGACAAAACCAAAUAUCCCUGAAUUGUCCAUAUCGAAAUUGUGUAACUAAAUCAAGCCAAUCAUGACUGAUUUCAUGUAAUCUUUGUUUUUGUCAAAUUCGAGGUAUACAGUGCCUUCGAAAAGUUUAGAACCCUUGACUUUUUACACGUUUUGUUACGUUUACAGCCUUAUUCUAAAAUGGAUAAAGACAAAGCAAAACAUGUUAUUAUUUAUUUAAAAUUUUCACAAAUGUAUAAAGAACUAAAACCAGAAAUACCUUAUUUACAUAAGUAUUCAGAACCUUUGCUAUGAUAGCUCAGGUGCAUCUUGUUUCUAUUGAUCAUCCUUGAGAUGUUUCUACAACUUCAUUGGAGUCCACUUGUGGUAAAUUCAAUUGAUUGGGCAUGAUUUGUCCAACUCCUGUACUUGGGGAGUUUCUCUGGGCCACUCAAGGGCAUUCAGAGACUUGAACAGAAGCCAUUCCUGUGUUGUCUUGGCUGUGUGCUUAGGGUCGUUGUCCUGUUGGAAGGUGAACCUUCGCCCCCAGUCUGUGGUCCUGAGUACUCUGGAGCAGGUUUUCAUCAAGGAUCUCUGUACUUUGUUCCGUUCAUCUUUGCCUCGAUCCUGACUAGUCUACCAGUCCCUGCCACUGUAAAACAUCCCCACAGCAUGAUGCUGCCACCACCACGCUUCACCGUAGGGAUGGUGCCAGGUUUCCUUUGGACAUGACCAAUCUUGGUUUCAUCAGACCAGAGAAUCUUGUUUCUCAUGGUCUGAGUCUUUGGGUGACUUUUGGCAAGCGGGCUGUCAUGUGCCUUUUACUAAGGAGUGGCUUCUGUCUGGCCAGUCUACCAUAAAGGCCUGAUUGGUGGAGUGCUUCAGAGAUGGUUAUCAUAAUGGAAGUUUCUCCCAUCUACACAGAGGAACUCUAGAGCUCUGUCAACGUGAGCAUCAGGUUCAUGAUCACCUCCCUGACCAAGGCCCUUCUCCACCGAUUGCUCAGUUUGGCCGAGCGGCCAGCUCUAGGAAGAGUCUUGGUGGUUCCAAACCUCUUCCAUUUAAGAAUGAUAGAGGCCACUGUGUUCUUGGGGACCUUCAAUGCUGCAGCCCGCCCUUUUUGAAUCCAGGUUUGCUGUUUAUUUGAUCUACAAGGCGGCAGACACUUUUUUGUUACCCUUCCCCAGGUCUGUGCCUCGACACAAUCCGGUCUCGGAGCUCUAUGGACAAUUUCUUCGACCUCAUGGCUUGGAUUUUGUUCUGACAUGCACUGUCAUCUGUGGGACCUUCGAUAGACAGGUGUGUGCCUUUCCAAAUCAUGUCUAAUGAAUUUACCACAGGUGGACUCCAAUGAGGUUGUAGAAACAUCUCAAGGAUGGUCAAUGGAAACAGGAUGCACCUGACCUCAAUUUCGAGUCUCAUAGCAAAAGGUCUGAAUACUUAUGUAAUUGUUCAAUACAUUUUCUAAAAACCUGUUUUUGCUUUGUCAUUAUAGGGUAUUGUGUGUAGAUUGAUGAGGAACCAAAUGUAUUUAAUACAUGUUAUAAUAAGGCUAUAAUGUAACAAAAUGUGGAAAAAGUCAAGUGGUCUGAAAACUUUCCGAAUGCACUAUAGGUGUAUGACAACUGGACUAAUACUAAUAGUACAAGAGAAUGGAUUAAAGUUCUCCAACCCUUUUCCUGAA